UUCGCACAAAGAUAAGCAAUACGUUUGAGUAGCUUGAAUAGGAAAGUGGCGAGGGUAGUGGAUUGACUCGUAUUCCGGAUGAUUUGGCCUGAUCGGCGGGGUGGGGAGGUGACGGAGAUGCUGAAGCCAGGACUCGGAUGGGGCGGCAGUGCCGGCUGGCCUCGGGAGGCUCCACCAAUCGGAGGGUGGCCAAGGAUGGCCAUCCCUGUCAGGCCCCAAGGCUCUCAGGCUUCAGCAGUCAGCAUCACCAGCGCUUAUUUCUUCUGACUUGCACCAUCUCAAGCUUUAUCAAUCGAUCCUCCGGCUCAUAUUCCAAUCGGCGGUCGCGGCUGAAAGUGUCCAUUUCUCUCCGAGCCAACCAUGACCUUCCCUAAGAAUGGCCUCGUGAUAGGCGCAAUCACUGUGGCCGUAGCCUUUCUCGCAACGUAUCUUGUCCCCUUUACCGACAUCUUUUUGGAAAAGGCUGUCGAGUUGGGAGUCACUUUACCAAAGGGAUUUGUGCCUCCACCCAUUGUUCAUGACACCGGUCGCGAUAUCAAAUAUAUCGGUAGCCUGUCCAAUGAGGUCGAACACUUCCAGAACAUCUUCUACGCGGAGGAGCCAACUGGCUCCCGCCGCUUCGCGCCUCCCGUUCCUGUUCAGCCACCAGCAGGAACCGUAAUUGAUGCCACUAGUCCAGGGGCGUGGUGUCCCCAGGGAACGGGGGAUAUCUUGCCCUUCACUAGUAGGGUGUCCAACAUUAGUGAGAACUGUCUCAGCUUGCGAAUUGCUCGGCCGACCGGGCUGAAGGAUGAAAGGUUGCCGGUUGUGGUGUGGUUGCAUGGAGGUGGCCAUGCGCUGGGUUCCGCGUCGGAGGUUCUCUACAACCCGGAAGGGUUGGUGAAGGAGGCAGUUGUCGCUGGAAAGCCUCUGAUCUAUGUUGCGAUCAACUAUCGAUUGGGAUUAUUUGGAUUCGCGACCAGCGAGGCCAUGGUCGAGAAUAAGCAGACGAAUGCCGGUUUGCGUGACCAGCGAGCUGCUUUGGAAUGGGUGCGCGACAAUAUCGAAGCUUUCGGAGGGGAUCCCGACAGAGUGACUGCCAUUGGCCAAAGUGUUGGAGCCAGCGACAUCGGCCUGCACUUGACAUCUUGGAGCGGGACCAAAGGGGUUCCUUUCCAACAAGCUAUCAUGAUGUCCGGCGCUCCAGGUCUCAACUUCAACAGUGACCCUGCGCUAGUAGCGGACAAUACCGCCAGUGUAGCGAAAGAAGUAGGAUGCGUCACCAAAGACGCACAGUCCCUGGAGACCCUUGACUGUAUCCGACGCAUCCCUUUUGAGACCCUCACCAACAUCUCCGUGACGGCAUCCCGCGCAGCCCGUCCUCCAUUCGGCGAAGGAUUCUUCUACCCCACCAUUGACGGCGACAUUCUGCCUGGCCGACCGACUGAACUCCUCCGCGCCGGUAAAUUUGUCAAAGAUGUCCCCAUUAUUGCCUCCUGGGUAACCAAUGAUGGCGCCUGGUAUGCCCCGCCACCCACAUCCACAGAUGAAGAGGUGCUGGGUAGUUUUGGGUUAUGGCUAUCCAAGCUCUCCCCUUUGACGAAAGAAAAACUCUUGGACUUGUAUCCCGUGGCAGCGUUCGAGCACAUGGCCGGUGAAGGGCCGAUCUCACCGCAGUACUACCGUGCGGCGCAGCUAAAUCGCGACAUCUGGUUUUCCUGUCCCGUCUUGGACUUCACAUGGCAGUAUGUUCAGAAGGGAGGUGUCGACGCAUCCAAGGUAUGGUUGUAUGAGCAUAAUGCAACGAGAUACGCUCCGGUGUUUGAGAUGAUGGGGGUUCCGAUGUGGCGUGUUGCGCAUCUGAGCGAUAUUCCGUACGUGAUGAACAACGGUAAUGUAGGAGGUGGGGCGGAUAACUCACCGGAGCAGAUGGAGCUGUCGCAGCUGGUGAGUAGGAGGGUGAUUGGAUUUGCGCAUGAUGGAAGACCUGGUGAGGAAUGGCCGGCUGCAUUCUUGGGAGGUAGUGAGGAGUUGCCGAAGGAGUCUCCCGGUCGGGUGUCGAUUCAGGUGUUUGGCGGCCCGGUGCCGGGACCAGUCACGGUCCGGAAGGAUGCCAGCGAUGCCACGGCGGCAGAGCAAGCGGUACUAUGGGAGAAGCUGUUUGAUCGGUGUGAGUUCAUCAACAGUGUGCAGAUGCGAGCAGAGGCGGGUGUAUGAUGCAGAUUUUAUAACGAUGGUGCUCUCUCCAAUAGCUGUUGACUUCCUUCCGAGACAAUGUAUGUCACCUAACCAGGAUAUAGAAAAAUACUGGAUUCUAUCUACCAAGCGGAUAUCAUCGGG